UUCUCACUUGUUCGGAUGUGAUUAUCCACCGUAUCACCGGAAACCCUUACAAAAAGAUUGAAAGCUUAAGCUCAAUAAACGCCAUGGCUUUCUCUUAUGUUCCAGUCUAUCUAGAUCCCCCCGAUUGGCAACAGUUUUUGCAGCCACAAACUCAUCAGCAAGCUGGAGUUAUCGAUAAUGAAAGUCAUGGUAGUUCUCAGCUUCCACCACCAUCCCCGGCGGCGAAUGUUGCUGGUGGUACAGGUGGUAAAAAGCCUAAUUCGAUGGCGGAACAAGCCAGACUAGCUAAAAUACCACAGCCGGAGUCGGCUCUCAAGUGCCCUCGUUGUGAGUCGACUAACACGAAAUUUUGUUACUUCAACAAUUAUAGCCUUUCUCAGCCUCGCCACUUUUGUAAGACCUGUAGACGGUACUGGACUCGUGGUGGCGCAUUAAGGAACGUCCCGGUCGGAGGUGGUUGUCGGAGAAACAAAAGAAGAAAGGGAAGCAAUAGAUCGAAGUCUCCGUCCGUAGUUUCCGAACGACGAGCCGAUUCGAACUCGUCUUCCGGUACACUUGCUUCUAAUAGUUGCACUGAUGUUUUAGGUCACAUGAACCUAGCAGUACCACAAUUGCCACUAUUUCCGCCUUUACAUCAUCUCGGUGGCUACGAUUCCGGUGAUACCAGGCUGAGUUUCGGCGGAAUUCAAACUCAGGUGGCAGUGACAGGUGGUGGAACUGACAUGGAUUUUCAAGGCUCAACAAGUGGUUUAGUGGAACAGUGGAGAUCACUGCAACAGGUUCAGCAAUUUCCAUUUUUGACUGGCUUGGAGCAGCACCAAAAUGAGCUGUAUCCAUUUGAAAGUGAAGGUGUCCGGCUGCCACCGACUUACAACGCUCACCACCUGCUCCUGUCUAAGCCACCGGAGAGAACUAUUACUCAGCUCGCUGCUGUUAAAAUAGAAGACUUUCAAGGAUUGAAUUUAUCAAGGAAUUUCUUGGGAAUUUCAGACAAUGAUCAUCAAUACUGGGGUGGCAACGCAGGCAACUCAUGCACUGAGUUUUCUGGUUUCAUCAAAGAGAAAUCAAGUCAUAGAUAACUUUUGCAAAUUUCAAGUUUCCAAUGGAGUUCAAUUACAAGAUUUAAUGGUAG